AUGGGGAACUCAUAUGCGGGCCAGCUGCGGACCACGCGCUUUGAGGAGGUCCUUCACAAUUCUAUUGAAGCAUCUCUGAGGUCCAACAUUGUGGUGCCUCGGCCAGUUUUCUCCCAACUCUACCUUGAGGCAGAGCAGCCAUUGGCACAUAAUGGCCGCACGGAAAAUGACGAGGAGGAGGAUGAAGAUGGUUCUGAAUCAAACAGCCCUCCAAUACCCUAUCAGAUGAAACCCCCACCUGAAGGAUGCUGCACCACAGACGGUUUCUGUCAGGCAGGCAGGGAUCUGCGCCUGUCAUCGUUGGCGUCAGACACCUUGGAAGUGUCGCCUGGGUUCAUGUUGAUCGGACUCAAGUCACCCUCCCUCCCUGAUAGCCUGCUGGUGGGCGCCGUCGACCAUCGUUUCCUGCCUGAUGAACGGGGUCACAAUGCCCUGCUCGGUUUCUCAGGGAGUUGCAUGGGCUGUGGAGAAAAGGGAUUCCGCUACUUCACAGACUUUGCCAACCAUAUUAAUCUUAAACUCAGCACCCAGCCUAAGAAACAGAAGCACUUAAAGUUCCAUCUGUAUCGAAACAACCAAGGCGUGCUGGUUAAAGGAGCUCCCAUCUGUUGGAGAGGACACGAUGGUCGAAUAAGACAGAUGAGCUCCAGUCUGUCGGAGACUCGUGCGACAACAGAUGAACAACCAUCAAGAUUGGCUUUGAUGCAGUCCUCACGCGCACCUGGCAGCUACACAGUGGCAUCUCAUGCUAAUGGUCUUCCUCAAAUCUCCGAUACGUCACACUCACUGACAAAUGGCAUCCAUGCUACAUCUUCAGUGAUGCAGCCGGUGACAAAUCAUUCAGGACCGGGGAGACCGUCUGCUACAGGGUCGCAAACAAAUGCUGGUCCCCCCAAAAAGAGGCAUAAGGGUUGGUCCCCUGAAUCAUCUGCAAAUGGUUUGCCAGAGAGCACCGGUAAGACGCCACCAUCUUCAUCAGGCUUGCCUUCAUCAACAGUUACUACAAAUGGAACAAGAUUAGAUGCAUCUGCCACAGUGAGUUGCUCACAGAGGUCCUCAACCACAGUUUCAUCCUCUGGGAUGUCUGUAGCUGUGCCUGAUCAGCUGUUACACACUUGUGGACUACAACCUGUCAUCUUUAAAGGUCACGGCCCUCUCCCUCAGCUGACCGGCAAUUUUACUGAAGUUCUCGUCAGCUCUCUUCUGCAGAGUUGCUAUUUGAGCUCACAGACCCUCCCCAGAGUCUACCAACACUAUGGGCCCUCGCCCAUUCAGCCAUUGUCAACUGAGAUGCAGAUUCUUCUCACUGUCUACUACCUUGUUCAGCUAGGCCCGGACCAGGUGCCUUUGAUUGAGGAUUUGGAGCAGAUAUUCAUGAGAUCAUGGAGGGAGUCCCACCUCAGUGAAAUCAGACAGAAUCAACAGACACAAACACAAGCCUCCCAAGGGAGGCACUACGGAAUUGAGGCACCACCAAGCCUUCCCGGGCUCCCUCAGCAUCUUGGCUUGGCACCACAGCAGCCUCUGACCCCCAGCCAGCUUCCUUGGCUCGCCCAGCUGGCUGCGUCGUCCUGCGGAGAGGGGGUGGUGGUUUUGGGGGAGCAAUUGGGGUCUUUGGCUCAAGGCCUUCAGCAGAUGUUUAGCAAGUUGAUGGAGGGAAGGUUCGAAAACACCAACUACAUUGUAGUCAUUGUGACUGCGUCCGGCCACGAAACGCAGUCUUGCGUGGUCGUCACAGGUAAACACCAGUGUCGCUCAUUGGCCGAGAAUAUGUUUUCUCCCAAUGAGGGCUUGAGAGAAAUCAACCACCAGCUUUCCUCAGGUGAAGCCCAGGAGCUCAUUCAGUUCUGCAGCUCCCUUGGACAAGAUGGUGAUAUGGAUUCCCUCCUGGACAGCGCAACCUUGGACAGCAGCGAACCUUCUCCCUUAUCCAGCAGUCAGGAAUCAACAGAGGAAAAGAGUGUGAAAAACACACCCAGUCCAAAAGACUCACACAGUCCUAAAGAGAGAGCUCUGACUCCGAAGGAAACAUGUUCAGAGUACUCUGUGGAGUGGCGUGAUAUUCGGCCCAUCCAGUUGGCAGUAGCAAGAAAACUGCUGUCUCAUGUUUGCGCCAUAGCAGACUCCAGUACACAGAACCUGGACCUUGUGUCCUUUGACAGGGUCAGCUUCCUCAUCCUGGUCCCUCCCUCUGAAGUCACAUUUCAACAGACUGUACUCCACCUGUGGAGUUCUGGGGUUCUUCAGGAACUCGGAAGUGUGGAACAAGAGUGCGUGUCUCAGAGGGAAGCUGAGCGCUAUGUGGUCAAGAUGGAUCAAGGCGCUCAAGUGCGAGUCGACAGUCUCAUUCAGGAAGCACACAGCAACUCAUACACGCUUUACAUCCUGGUCCAUGACCAUGCCCACUGGGAUAUCAGCAGCGCCUCAUACUGCAACACAGAGUCUGAUCUGGGCCUCGUGGACCAGCUACUGAAUUCCAGACAAGUCAGAGAUGCUCCAAACAUCCUGAUCCUCCAUGUUACAUCUUUCCCAUUUGCUCUGCAGACACAAUAUACGCGCAUCAGUCCCUACAACGAGAUCCACUGGCCCUCUUCUUUUAGUAAUGAUGUGGACCUGUACCAUGAGAGAACGCGCUACUUUGGCGUAUCAGAGCUUUUAGAGUCGACACGAUCAGGAAGCACCCUGCCUCUGAUGCGAUGUGAUUCGUCUUUUGAGAGCAUGGCAUCUGCACUGGAGGAAAGGUUUCCAAAACUGCACAGCGCUGUAAUCCGAACCACAGUUCUGAUCCACCACUACUGCACAGCACUGAUGGCUGUUUCCGGAAGAAUCGGAGGCUCGCACAAUCUCCACAAGCACACAUCUGUGGAGACUUUAGCCAUCGUGCAGGCCCUGCUCAGUGCCGCCCAGCAAUGCCCCGCUCAUCAUGGUCACAUGAUCCUGCUGCGCAUCCCCUCGCUGGCGCUGGCAGCGUGGGCACAUCGGCGGCUGUCUCGGGUGAGGAGACAGCUGGGACUGGAAGAGAGAUUCGAGAUCAUACUUGGAAAUCCGAGCCAGCCGCUGAAUAUUGGACAUAGCUUUAUUGAUCAAAUUAAGCUGUGGCUAAAAAUCCAAGAAGCUGAUUGGGUUCCUCGUACCUAUCUGGAGCUCGAGGCGCUUCCCUGCAUUUUGAUCCUGUCUGGAGCUGAACCUCAAGGAGAAUCACUUCCUAGGUCACUGAAAUACUGUGACCUUCGAGUGAUAAGCUGCUCCUAUCUGCAACGUACCACUAUCGAACAAGAAUUGGGACUGGCGGCGUACCUGCUGAAGACGGAGUCUCGUUCACCGCACAACCCAGGGCCGGCGAGUGAUGUGCUAGAGAGUGAUGCGGAAAAACUCAGCAGCACCGACAAUGAGGAAGAAGAGGGCCAGGAAAACGAAAGUUCCCCCGCCUCCUCCAACCAGCCACUCCAGUCCAGCCCAGAUGUUGGCACGUCAGACCCGUUCCCUACUCAGAGCAGCUCAUCUACAUCUCCGAAUGCCCCAAAGAGCACAAUGGACACCACCCCGUCUCCCUCAAAGGCUCAACUCGCUCCCCAAACCUCUUCUCAGUCCUUUUUAUACCCUCAAACCUCACUUCUCCACCCAAGCCAGUCUCUGGCCCAGACUUAUUCCCUGGUCCAGCCAAUUUUCCAUCCACAGAUUUCAUUAGUGCCUACAAGCGCCCAACCUUACUUCCAAACACUCCCACUGCACCACAUAACCCAUCCGCAACCGCCACAGCAGCCAGUUCCGGUCCGGCCUCGUCGUCACCCCUCCAAAUCCACGUCUUCUAGCUCCUCGUCGCCGCGAGCCUCCUCACCUCAUUUGACUUGCUCUUGGGCGAGGGGAGUAAGUCGCCCGCCCUCGGUGCUUCUUCCUCGUGCGCUUUAUGACAUCAUCACAGCCAACGACGGCAGUGGCCUACCACGGUGUACCUCGUUCCUGCCGCACAUGUCUGUGGCGUGGGCCAGUAGUUUCAGGCCUUUGCUGAGUAAGAUGAUGACAUGCACAGAACAGUCGCUCUACUACCGCCAGUGGACGGUCCCGCGCGCUUACCACAUGGACAGCAACAAUCGCACUGAAGGACGCAGCGACAACUUUCACCCUCGCAGGCUACUCCUCAGCGGACCUCCACAGGUGGGCAAGACAGGUGCAUAUCUGCAUUUCCUGGGUAUUCUGUCUCGGAUGCUGAUCAGGCUGAUGGAAGUAGAUAUCUACAAUGAAGACGAAAUCAACUUUAACAUCCAAGCAGAUGAGGUUAAAUACAAGCCACCUAACGCCUUGUGGCCGGACCCCGACGUUAUGAAGACUUUACCCUUUGACUAUACGGUGCAUGACCCCAAAUAUGACGACAUCAGUUUAGUCUACUGCCCUGGAUAUAAGCCAGCUUCGGAUGGCAACCCUGCACACCAGGAGGACGUGUGUCUCAGGAGGCGCACAACCAGGAUCAAACUGUCAAAGUAUGCUGCAUUUAACACUUACCAUCAUUGUGAGCAGUGUCAUCUGUACUUGGGCUUCAACCCCAGAUACCAGAUGUACGAGUCUACACUUCAUGCAUUUACGUUCACUCAUCUGCUGCUCGGUGAAGAGAUCCAGCUCUAUUUUAUCAUCCCCAAGUCCAAAGAGCACUACUUUAGCUUUAACCAACCUGGAGGCCAACUGGAGGGUAUGCGGCUGCCGCUCGCCGCCGACCGGAGCCCAGACUGCAUCAAGAGUCCCAUCUUCACUCCAACCACUGGGCGCCAUGAGCACGGUCUCUUCAACUUGUACCACGCGAUGGACGGUGCUUCACAUCUUCAUAUCCUGGUGGUCAAAGAGUACGAAAUGGCAGUCUAUAAGAAGUACUGGCCCAAUCACAUCCUGCUGGUGCUGCCUCCUGUCUUCAAUGGAGCUGGAAUUGGAGCUGCUCACUUUCUAAUUAAAGAGCUCUCGUACCACAAUCUGGAGCUGGAGCGCAGCCGUCGGCAGGAGGGCAGUGGCCCCACAGGUGACGUCUGGCCCUUCAUUAUUCUGGCGGACGACUCGUGCGUGAUGUGGAACGUGAUCGACUUCGACGCACGCAAUGGGCCAGUAGAACACAGCGCAUCACUGAAACACGUGCUACAGCACAUGGAAGGCUGUCCGGACCUGACCCACUACGGCCUGUGUGGAAUUAGGAAGUGGAGCGGUCGUGUACUCACAGAUCCUAACGAGAGGGAACCUUUCUCCAGAGGUCACCUCCACGACUUCCUCCUUCUCAACGUGGACCGGAGUCAGAAUGUCCAGUACGACCAGAACCGCUUCACUUGUCACGACGUCGACUUCACCCUGCGGCUGCACAGCGCCGGACUGCUUGUCUGCCGUUUUAACAACUUCAGCGUGAUGAAGAAACAGAUCGCCAUCGGAGGAUAUAGGACAUUUAUCAUCAAGACAAAGAUGACAGACGUUCCUACCUCGGUGGGGCCCUCUCAGUAUGUCUGCGCCCCCGACAGCAAGCACCUUUUCCUGGCUACCCCGGCUCAACUCCUCCUGGAAAAAUACCUCCAACACACCAGCCACAAGCUUUUUCCUCUUAGUACCAAGAACUACGAACAUCCGGUCCUGUCCGUCGACUGUUACAUCAAUCUUGGUCCCGAGGUGACCGUGUGUUUUGUGAGUUCAAGACCUCACUCCGUCAACAUCUGCACCACAGGCCUGCUCUUCAGCGGCCUUCUCCUCUGUUUUGCUGACGCCUUCGUGACACCCAGCUUCCUCAAGAAGUUCACCUUCCUCAAAGGCGCGACUCUGUGCGUUAUCAGCGCAGAUCGCAGCGCUUUGAGGCAGACGGUCGGCAGGCUGGAGCUGGAAGAGGAAUGGCGGUUCCGGCUCAGCGACGAAUUCCAGACGGCAAAUGCCAAGGAAGACCGACCCCUCUUCUUUCUGACGGGAAAACAUAUAUAA